ACGGCAGCUCUUCAUCAACCUGUUCAUUACUGUUAAUUGCAUCGCAAUGGCUGAUGCACAAGAUAUUCUCGCUGGUGUCGAUGCGCUUGUCUUUGAUGCGUUCGGUACUACGGUCGAUUGGUACACCACGCUGACAAGGGAGAUACCACCGCGAAGCCAUGGUAUACUUACGGAAGGCACCCAGGACACGCAUGACUUCGUGUAUGAAUGGAGACAAGGAUACCUAACAAACACGGCAAAGAUCGCAAAGGGGGAGAUGGGCAUGAUUCCUACGGAUGCUCUGCAUCGACAGCUACUCGACGUUAUGCUUGCGAGCGAGCGCUGGAGGAAGCUUGCGGAUGUAUGGGGAGAUGAGGAAAGAGCUCAGCUAACGAUGCUUUGGCAUUCUCUAGAUGGGUACUCGGACGUUUCGCAUGGGCUACGAGAACUUGGCAAGCACAAGUUGGUCGUGACGCUAUCCAAUGGUAAUGCGAGACUUUUGAUGGACAUGGCAAAGCACGCUGAUCUGAAGUGGGACGCACUUUUCUCGACCGAGUUCUAUGGCGCGUACAAGCCGAACGUCGAAGUUUAUAGCAAGACAGCCUACCACCUCUCCCUCGACCCGAACAAGAUCGCGAUGGUAGCUGCGCACAUCUGGGAUUUGCGCGCCGCGGCCCAAGCAGGGUUCAAGACGGUGUACGUGUCCCGUCCAGCGGAAGAUACGCCUGAGAUUAAGGCGAGCUUGAAGACGAAGAAAGACGGCGGGGAAGUGGAUGUCAUUGUGGGAUCAUUCGGCGAGCUCGCGGAGUUGGUGGAAAAGAAUGCGAUCUAGAACUUUGAUGGUCUGCAUGAUACAACCAGAUUCAUCGUCAUGGAUUCCUGGAUUCCUGAAACGCCAUAAGAGCGCCGAUGAGAACCUCCGUUGAAAUUUAACUUUCCAAACGAUGGAUCGCUUUUUUAUGAGUGUAAUGGAGAUAUGGCAGAGUGACUAGAAUUGGCGUGGAUAGGGAUAUAUGAUAGCACAGCAUUUUGGAUAGGGACAUUGCUGUGCCUGUUCAAUAGC